AUGGAUCUGUCCUCGGUGGACACGCAGGCCUGUUUGGCUCACCCCAGCUUGGAGCUCACCCUUGCAGUGGAGCGGUGUGUCCUGCCCGCUGUGCCCGCCUCUGCUCACACGGCUGGUGGCGGGCCUCCCAUGCGAGACUGGCAGCUGCCUCUGCCACAGCCACAGCCACACAAUGGGCCCUUUGGGGCCAUCGCUGCCCAGGGCAGUCUGAGGACACCUGGUGCUGGGGGACAGGGCCCCAAGGGAGCGACCAGGCACUGCUCUGGGACGUCGGCCAGCCGGGCUCUGUGCACCCACGUGGGGUGCAGGAGGCUGGGGGGCAGUAACCAUUCAGGCCCACCCGAGGAGGCCUCACAUGCCCACAGCCUCCUGCCAACCAGCUUGGCAAGGGCCUGUGCGUUUUGGAAGCUCUGGGGAGCCCGGGAGCGGGGAGGUGUGGAGCUGGGAGCCGCUGUACCCAACAGGUGGCAGCAGAGGCACCCAGAUGAAGUCCCAAGGCUCCUGGUUCCCAUUGGCUCCACCUGUGUUGGCCCCGCCCCCAUAGACCCAGCCCCACGCUGGCCCCGCCCCUCCAGCUCCAUCCUGGGGGCUCCAGUGUCUGAGCCCAGCCAGCCCAGAGCAGCUUGGCCUGGAGUUUCCUGCUCCAAGCACCGACAUUUGGGGGCCUCACCGUCUGGGGCCCACCUGCCGCUGCCCUCGUCUCCCCAGUUCCAGCUGUCCGCUGGAUGCUCUUCCAGUCCAUUUGAUAAUGCGAUUCCUGCCAGUGGAGUGGGCCUGAGUCACUGUGUUUACCUGCCACCGCUGCCCAGCUGUGGGGUAAUCCCGCGCCUCCUGGGCGGGGAGAAAACAAGAACGGACCUGGGCACCAACCUGCCUGCCCCCAUGGCUGCAGUGGAGCCUCCAUUGCUGGGUGGCUGGAACGAGUCCCAGGUGGCUUCCAGUGCUGGAGGUAGCGGGGACAAUGGCAGCAUGGUAGGGAUGCACAUUCCCCCGGUGGCCCCCGGCGUGGUUCUGCUCUACCUGUUGGUGUGCGCCCUGGGGCUGGGUGGCAACACACUGGCCAUCUAUGUGGUUCUGCGUCAUGCCAAAAUGAAGACUGUGACCAACAUCUACAUCCUUAAUCUGGCCGUGGCCGAUGUGCUCUUCAUGCUGGGACUGCCCUUCCUGGCCACACAGUACGCCUUGUCCUCCUGGCCCUUUGGGCCUGUGCUCUGCCGCCUGGUCACCACACUGGACGGCGUCAACCAGUUCACCAGCAUCUUCUGCCUGACCGUCAUGAGUGUGGACCGGUACCUGGCCGUGGUGCACCCGGUCCGCUCGGCCCGGUGGCGGCGUCCGCGGGUGGCCAAGCUCGCCAGUGGUGCCAUCUGGGCCUUCUCGCUGAUCAUGUCCUUGCCCCUGCUGGUCUUUGCCGACGUGCAGGAGGGACUGGGCACCUGCAACUUGUGCUGGCCCGAGCCAGUGGGGCUGUGGAGCGCUGUGUUCAUCGUCUAUACUUCCGUGCUUGGCUUCUUUGGGCCACUGCUGGUCAUCUGCCUGUGCUAUCUGCUCAUCGUGGCCAAGGUGAAGGCCUCAGGUGUGCGCGUGGGCGCCCCUCGGCGGCGCUCAGAACGCAAGGUCACGCGCAUGGUGCUGGUGGUGGUGCUGGUGUUUGCUGGCUGCUGGCUGCCCUUCUUCGUCAUCAACAUCGUGAACCUGGCUGUGGUACUGCCUGAGGGGCCUGUGUCCACCGGCGCCUACUUCUUCGUCGUUAUCCUGUCUUAUGCCAAUAGCUGUGCCAACCCUGUGCUCUACGCCUUCCUCUCCGACAACUUCCGCCAGAGCUUCCGGAAGAUUUUGUGCUGGUGCCAGGGUUAUGGGAAGGAGGAUGUGGAGCCCAUGGAGCCACGGAAUGACAAGAACAGCCAACUGCCCGCGCGCCCUUCCAAGGCCGAUGGGCUGAUGCAUACCAGCCAGAUGUGA